UCAGAAUUUCAAUUAACCAAACCAGGAAGAGAAAAAAUCUGUCGAGCGCCGGUUCUCUCUCCAUUUCCGAUGGCUCUCCUUCUCUUCACCUCUCGCAUUCCGUCUGCAUUCUCUGAGAACCGUAAACUUCUCUCAUUCUCUACGGUCUUCUCUACCUCCACUACUGAACACCCCACAAUCGCCUUCUUCUCCGUGUCUUAUUCCAGACUCCAUCGGUUCCCUGCCCUUCGCUCCCGAUCCUCUGAUUCCGGUGGCACUUCCGGUCCCGUAAACCGCAGAAAGGGUGGUUCUAAAAACGCCUCCGGAAAGCCCUCCAAGAUCACUGAUGAGUGGGGUGAGGAGUCUGAGCCUGAAACAACGCCUACGAAGCUGCCGGAUGCGGACCCUCCUAAAUAUGAGGACGAGUGGGAGGAAGGUGGAGCUGACGAUGAGGCUAUCGACCAAGGAAAUGGAACUCCGGCUGCGACGAUCAAGGACCAGACUGUAGGUGUGGAUGAUAAGCUACUGGGCCUGAAGCAAGCUUUGGUGGACACCGUUUAUGGGACUGAAUUUGGAUUUCGAGCUCGGUCGGAAGUGAGGGCUGAGGUCUCCGAGCUGGUGAAUCAGUUGGAAGCGGCAAAUCCUACUCCAGCGCCGGUGGAGGAGCCUAGGCUUCUCAAUGGAACUUGGGUAUUGUUGUACACUGCAUCUUCUGAACUGUUGCCUCUUCUAGCAGCAGGGUCAACACCACUGUUGAAAGUAGACAAGAUAUUACAAACAAUUGAUACUGAUAGCUCCACUAUUGUAAACUCAACCACAUUAUCUAGCCCUUUCAACUACUUGUCUUUCAGUGCAUCUGCGUCAUUUGAAGUGCGGAGUCCCACAAGAAUACAGGUCACAUUUAAAGAAGGCACCAUACAACCGCCAGAAAUAAAGUCAAGAAUUGAUCUGCCAGAAAAUAUAGACAUUUUUGGCCAGAAGCUUAGCCUAUCACCUGUGCAACAAACUCUCAGUCCUCUGCAGGAUUUGGCAAUGAACAUCUCACGCACUAUUUCUGGUCAGCCACCCCUUAAGAUCCCCAUUCCAGGCGAGAGGACAAGUUCGUGGCUUAUCACUACUUACCUUGAUGGCGAUCUGAGAAUCUCUAGGGGGGAUGGUGGUCUUUUCAUCCUUGCCAGGGAAGGGAGUCCGCUUCUAGAUUAGUAUGAAAGUAAUCAUAUAUCAUUAUCCGUGGUCUUCUUUCCUCCCUUAGAGGUACAUACAAAAUAAUCUGUUGUUUUCCCCUGAAUUACUGACAUGUUUAAUGGAGAAAGAAAUCUGGUGUCACGUGGUAAUUCAGCGUUGAUGGAUUUUUACCAAGAGUUCCUCUGAUAUAUUGAGAAGGAGGAAGUAAUAUGAAUCAAUUUAGUUCAGUUCUGCACAUCCCAGUAAGUCUGUGUUUUGCGUGUGCGUGCUCCAGAGCAUGAACUAAAUUCCAUGCACCUCAUGAACAGGGGUUUUACUGUUUCAAUCACCAUUAGUGAUUAGUUUCACUCUGUACUAGUGUUUCCUAGAAAUACGCACAUGGAAAUAGAUUCCAUAUGGAUGCCAA